AAAUCAAUUAUUUAUGGACAAAUAUUAGAAGACCAGCUCUAUAUAUGACGGAGAAUAGUGAGGUACGCAUCCAGAUCUAGAAAUGACGGAGAAUAGUGAGGACGGAGAACAUCCAGAUCUAGAUAUGACGGAGAAUAGUGAGGUACGCAUCCUUUCUAAUUUCCCAGUCCGACCAUCCCCUCGCCCCGGCGAGGAAGACGGCGGUCGACUGAUCCAUCUCACUCCCUGGGAUCUGAAGAUGAUCUCCGUCGACUACAUCCAAAGGGGCUUGCUCUUCCUCUGGCCGCCAUCGCCGGACGCCGACGCAACCCUUAGCAUUUCCCGGCUCCGCGAUUCCUUCGCCGCUGCCGUCGACCGAUUUUUUCCCUUGGCCGGCCGCCUCUCCGUCGCCAACCUAUCCAAUUCCCCUCCUUCGCUUUCCAUCUACCUCAAGUGCAACGACGAAGGAGCCGACUUCAUCCACGCGUCCGCCCCAAGUGUGACCGUCUCCAGCAUACUCCACUCGCUCUAUGUGCCCCCCGUCGUGCGAUCCUUCUUCCCCCUUAACGGCGCUCUCAGCUACGACGGCCAUUGCUUACCACUUCUCGCCGUCCAAGUCACUGAGCUCGCCGAUGGGAUCUUCAUCGCUUGCUCCCUCAACCAUGCCGUGGCUGACGGCACUGUCUUCUGGAACUUCUUCAACUCCUGGUCGCAGAUCUGCCGAAGCGGCAGCUGUCCCGAGGUCAGCAACCCCAUGGCCGUCGACCGUUGGUUCCUAGACUCCUGCAAUCCACCGAUCCGUCUCCCGUUCGGCAGCGCAAACGAUUUCAUUAGGAGGCCUGUCUACGCUCCCGUGGAGGUGUGCGCCUUCCACUUCUCAGCCCCCGAGGUGGCCAAGCUCAAGGCUACGGUGAACGCUGAGAUGGGCACCGACGGCCAAAUCUCCUCCCUCCAGUCUCUGCUCUCCUUCAUCUGGGUGUCCGUGACUCGGGCGCGUCGCCUCGAUCCUAACCUGGAGACGUGGUCCGCGAUUCUCAUCGGGUGCAGGACAAGGUUGACUCCCCCACUGCCAGAAAGUUACCUCGGCAACGCGGUCCACGUGGCCACGACGCGGAAUGUGACGGCAGGGGAAUUGCUGCAGCGCGGGCUCGGUUGGGCGGCGUGGCAACUCAACCAAACGGUUGCUUCGUUCAAUGAUUCCUCCGUGCGAAAUUACCUAACGGACUGGGUGGCGACGCCGUCGUUCGGUUACGUGGGCAGCAAGUCCAAGUCGAGUGGCCUGGCAACGGGUAGUUCUCCGAGGUUCAACGUGUAUGGGAAUGACUUCGGAUGCGGGAGACCGGUGGGCGUGAGGAGUGGAGCAGCAAACAACGCAGAUGGGAUUCUGACUGUGUUUCCAGGGCCUGAGAAAGGGAGCAUUAUGAUGGAGGUGUGCCUUUCGCCCGAGACGCUUAGCGCACUAGUCAAGGACGAGGAGUUGAUGCGCAUGGUCUCCCGCAAUUAGCAAGUCUGCACAUCGUGCAACAUUUCCAAUUCCAGCAGUUAUCAGUACAAAACAUGAACGGAGAUGAUUUAGCUAAAAUCAGGUCGUCUCAAGGUUCCACAAGACCCUAGGCAAAAAAAAAAAAAAAAAAAAAAUUCUUUGAUAAUGUUUUUUAAAAAACUAAAAUUUUCUUUAUUCUUUUUUAUUUAGACCUGAGACACAGAUUUAUUUUUAAAAAUAAAUUAGAUUUAAAAAUUCAUGUCUUGUAAUUUGAAUUUGAUGAUAUUUCAAGGAGAAGGAUGUCGAUGUCGUCUUAGAGAAUCAAUGAUGAAAGAGGUAAAAAAUACAUAGAAUAUUAAUGAGAGAAUGAGUAGAUGUUUAACUAAUUAUAAAAUGAGACGAAAGAAAAGAAAUUAGAUGUAAUGUCUUAUAUAGUUAUAUUAUAAUUUUAGGAUUAGAUUGGAAUUAAUUGAAGAGUACAGUGGAAAUUGAAAUCAAGUAAAAUCAUUACAUUGGAAUUAAUAUAAAAUUUGAAGUAAAAUCUAGAGAACCUUGGAAUGGAAAUCAAAACAAGUCAAAUUAAAACAAAAUAUGCAACUAGAACGGAAAUUGAAGUAAGUCAAAUUAAAACAAAAUAUGUAUGCAUGCGUGCAUAAUGCAGUUGGGGAUUGCACAGUAUCUUUUUUAAAUACAAAUAUUAGAUAUUAAAUAUAUUUAUUUAUUUUUAAUUAAUAAUGGGUCUUAAUUUUUUGGGGCCCUAGACAUAGACUUUAAUGGCCUAUAUCUUGAGUUGGAUCUGGCCAAAAUUAUUAAAGGAGGGGCUUCAUGCCACUGUGCGCCCAGAUGCAGGAGCAAAGGAGUAAGGUUAAUUUCCUUCAAGUUAAUAAGAAAGGAGGGGAUGUAAUUCAUGAGCUAGACAUUCUUAUUUCUUUCGCCCGUGAAUUUUAUAGUGCUUAAUGAUCAA